GACCAAGAAGUGGUCUGGAAUGUUGGGGAAUAACCCUCUUUCUGUUCUGGGAGGACACUUACUGAGAACUUGGCACUGGGAGACUCCUCCCCUGCUUGAGAGAGAGGUUCUAUAAAAAAUAAACUCUCACCUCCUAAAGUUCACACUGCAGCUGAAGAGACACCUUGUUGGCCAGAGUUUUGACGUUAAGAAGAUGGCGAGUGCAGAUGAAUUUGCGGCCAUGUUCUAUGGAGAGCCGGGGGUCCUGGGCCUCCUGGCCAAUGGAAUCAGUGCUUUCCUCGUUCUUCUGCAGAACUUCAACGGAGCACAGACUGGUGUACCAUCCCAGGGAGUGGAGCACAUUCUGGCUGGUGUUCAACUGAUUCUGAUUGGGGGGGUAACUCAGCUGUUGGCUGGGCUCCUAUCCUUCCGGAAGUAUGAUCACUUAAGUGGGACAGCCUUCAUCGCAUUUGCUGCUCUCUGGGGCAGUUAUGGGUCUACCCGUAUAGUCCUGGGUGCCUUUCCACCCUCUAUUAACAGCACCAACAUCACUGACCAGCUAUAUCCAGCCAACAGCACUUUUCCAAAUACAGAAUUGGCUACUCCACCAAUCGGUCAGUCUGCUAUAGCAGGGUUAAUCGCUUACAUUUCCAUCUCAUUUAUCCUGUCCUUCUGCUCUGCCACUGUAAACUACAUCAUGCCUUUUGUCUUUGGGGCCAUCACCUUGACGCUGAUCUUUGAGGCAGUGGGGCUUGUCGGGGGGUGGGCUCUAGUGGUCUCCGGGGUCCUGGAGCUGGUGAUCCUCAUGUGUGGGCUUUAUGGAGCGGCAGCCUUGCUCCUGAAAGGUGUCACGCAACGUUACAUCCUCAAGGGCUUUGGGACCCCCCUUUUUGACGUGCUGCUCCUGGGGACGGCCAAUAACAGCAACUCCCAAAAAAUAGGGGAAGAAAAGAAGAAGAACACCCAAUAUGCUGAACCCAUGGCACUGGGCUACCUGUGCGACACAAUCUCUCCUUUCAUCUUUGCCUUCUUCUGCUUUGGCUACCUACCUUCCUUCUUUGUGGGCACUAUUUGGGUCACUAUCAACGCUUUCUCCCAGCUUUUCUCCAGUUACUAUGCCUACCUCCGAAAAGACGUCUACCACACAACCAAGUUUUGUCUGCACAGCACCUACUGGCUGGUGAAAUCAUGGGAGGAGUUUGUGCUGUCAGUUCUCAUCGACAGAGAGGGAGCGGUCAGCGGGCGAGAAAGGAUGGUUGGUGACUGGUUCUUCCUAGCGACCGCCAUUGUUCUCUGCUUGAUGUCACUCAACAUGGAUGUGCUAGAGGUGGCCCAUAACUUGCUAUUCCUCCUGCUCACGGUAUCCACAAUCUCCCAGAUCCCACUGGGGGGCUACUACAUCUUCUUUGGGGUGAUCUGCAGCUUGUUCACAGCCCUGUCUCUCUACGGUACCUUUGCCCGACUCAUCAAUUCCAUAGGGGAGAAGACCUUGAUCCCUGUUGGGGUGCAGCCACUAUCCACAGAGAAGCUCCAGGAUGUCCUGGGACUCAUCAAACGGUGCUGGGUGAAACCCCAAGACCUCCCUCGCAGCACCGUUACACAGCUACCUGAUGCCCUUUUCUACGUGACCAAUGGCAUAGCUGCCCUCUCUGCCAUCCACAGCCAGGACGUGCACCCCACCUUCCUCCAUCUCACCAUGCCCUGGGUACUGAUCCCUGGAGCAAUCAUCCAGGUUUACGUGAGCCGACUGGGCAUCCAGAAGGGAAGGCGCUUUGGGCCCAUUAUCCCAUCCUGCUAUGCUGCCAUCUGGGCUACCUGGACCUGGUAUCGAUUUGCAGGUAUGUUUUAA